GUUUACGAUAUGAUUAAUUGGAUUAAGUUGAUGAUCCUUUCAGAAUAUGUCAAAACAGUGAAAGUGAGCAAUCUCUCAUUAGGUGCUUCUGAACAAGACAUCAAGGAGUUCUUUUCCUAUUCCGGGGAGAUUGAAUUUAUUGAAAUAAAAAGUGAGAAUGAGCGGUCUCAAACUGCAUUUGUUACUUUCAAGGAUCCUGACGGUGCAGAGAUGGCAGUUCUUUUAUCGGGAUCCAGCAUUGUUGAUCAAUCAGUUGACAUAGCCCUCGCUCCAGAUUAUAUACUGCCGCCUCCAGCUACAGCAUCUGCUGCGGAAAUCAAGUAUGAAGGUAACACCGGAUCUGCGAUCCAAAAGGCAGAAGAUGUUGUCAGCAGCAUGCUGGCAAAGGGCUUUAUCUUGGGGAAGGAUACGCUUAACAAGGCCAAGGAUUUUGAUGAGAAGCACCAGUUCACUUCCACUGCUUCAGCUAAAGUAGCUUCUUUGGACCAAAAGAUUGGAUUGAGUGAGAAAAUCAGCUUGGGGGCGACCAUGGUAAAUGAUAGAGCAAAGGAAAUGGACCAGAAGUUUCAGGUUUCUGAGAAGACAAAAUCAACUUUUACAGCUGCUGAGCAGACGGUUAGCAAUGCUGGAUCAACCAUCAUGAAGAACCGACAUGUUUUGACUGGGGUUUCAUGGGUUACUGGUGCUUUCAAUAAAGUCACCAAAGCUGCUGGAGAAUUGGGGCAGAAGACCAACGAAAAAAUAAUCGAGGAAGAACAGGGAAAGAACGCUGGUGAAGGGUAUGCCCAUGUUCAUACCUCUGAGUCCUCACAAGCUGCUGCAGGUGAUACCAAAACCUAAUCUCCUUGGGGAUUAGUACUCUCAAAUAUGGAUCACCUAAUUUUCUGUAUAUAUAUAUAUAUAUAUAUGAUAAGCUAGUUUGGAUUUUUUUUACCUCAAACGCUAGCUAGUUAUUUGGUUGUAUGGUUCAACUGUUGUGGCGAUUUGCUGGAUACAAUUGCUGGUCAUCAGACUUGUCCAGUUUUACAAUAGCAUUAUGAAUAAGUUGGUUGGUUUUCUAAACGUGUAUAAGAUGAUUGAAUUUGCGCCUGUAUUCAUGCUGGAAGUAGAAAUAAUUCCAUUCAUUGUUGAA